AGCUAGCUUGCACGGGUGGAAUAGAGCCACCUGUCUAAUCACCUCAGCCUCCUUGAUUGCCACACAGUCUGUCAUCCCGUCCUACGGAGCUGCGGCCGUGUGCAGACAGCAGUGGUCCUGUGCAGGCUGAGGGACGAUGUGCGCUUUACGCUGGUCCAGGGUCAAACGCGCUCUCUGAGAUGCCCGCAAAGCCGCCUUUCACCGAACGAAAGCGAGCCUGUGGUGGCUUUUGCUCUGAUCUGUGAGCAUCUCCGAGGUACUCAUCCUUUUACAUUUUGGAUUUUCUGCUGCUGAGGUUAAGAAGACUGUCAUGACUGGAGCUGAGACUGAUGAUGAUAUUCCCUUAGGGGAACGAAAAACUGUCACUGAUUUCUGCUAUCUCCUGGACAAAUCCAAACAACUCUUCAAUGGCUUGAGAGACCUUCCUCAGUAUGGACACAAGCAGUGGCAGUCGUACUUUGGGCGGACCUUUGAUGUCUAUACAAAGUUGUGGAAAUUUCAGCAACAGCAUAGACAGGUUUUGGACACGCGUUAUGGGUUAAAAAGAUGGCAAAUUGGAGAAGUUGCAUCUAAAAUAGGGCAGCUGUACUACCACUAUUACCUUCGUACCUCAGAAACAAGUUACCUGAAUGAGGCCUUUUCAUUUUACUCAGCCAUACGACAGCGGUCCUACUAUUAUCAAGUAAACAAAGAGGGCAGGCCAGAAUUGGUAGUGAAAAAGCUGCGUUACUACGCCCGUUACAUUGUUGUGUGUUUAUUGCUGAACAAAAUGGACCUCGUGAAAAUUUUGGUGAAGGAACUAUCUGAUGAAAUUGAGGAUUACACGCAACGGUUCAAUACAGAGGAUCAACUCGAGUGGAACUUGGUGCUACAAGAAGUUGCCGCUUUUAUAGAGGCUGACCCAGUUGUGAUACUGAAUGACAACAAUUCUGUUAUUGUCACCAGCAAUCGACUGCAAGAAGGAGGGGUGCCACCCCUAGAACAAGGCAUGGUGGUUGGGCAGCUCGUCCUGGCCGAUGCACUAAUCAUCGGCAACUGUAACAAUCAGGUCAAAUUUAGUGAGUUAACCAUCGAUAUGUUUCGGAUGCUUCAAGCUUUGGAAAGGGAGCCUGUAAAUUUAGCAACGCAAACCUCAAAACAGGGAACACUGGAGCCGAUUGAAAAACCUGCAAAAAGAGAGAACCCUCAUAAAUAUCUUCUGUACAAACCAACAUUUAGCCAGCUGUUUACUUUCCUGUCUGCUUCUUUUAAGGAGUUGCCUGCAAACAGUGUUCUGCUGAUUUAUCUUUCUGCCACUGGAGUCUUCCCUGCUGGUCAUUCCGUUUAUGAAGGACCUUUUGAUUUUGGAGGAGUUCUCACAAACACGAAUCGAGAUGUGGUCAAUGGAGAGACAAUGCAAAAAAGAAAUCAAGCUCAAAAAGAAAUGCACUGUCUUCAUCCGGGAGACUUGUUUCCUUUUACUCGUAAGCCUCUUUUUGUCAUUGUUGAUUCUUCCAACAGUGCAGCCUACAAGAAUUUCACAAAUAUGUUUGGCCAACCAUUGGUGUGCCUGUUAUCACCUACUGUGUAUCCUAAAAGUGUCCAAGAUCAGUCUCAGCGUGGGAGUCUGUUCACACUGUUCCUCUACAGCCCACUUCUGGCCUUCUCCUCAGUGUGUGGCCUGAACAGUGUGCGCCAAGAGCUGUGGGAGCGGGCGCAAGAAUUCCUCUGUAAGGUGUAUCGUGACAUUGGACAGCUGAUCACCCGAUCAAGAUCUAUAGAUCAAGCCUUUUUGCAGUUCUUUGGUGAUGAGUUCCUUCGACUGCUUCUUAUCCGCUUUGUGUUUUGCUCAGCCGCAUUGAGACUACAUAAACUCUUCCGGGAGUGUAGGAGCUUCCCAGAAUCCUACCCAGAGCUGCCUAGACAGGAGACAGUGGAGAGCAGCCUACUACAGAAGCAUAUAAUAGAGCUGGCUACAAUGCUGGAAGUGCAAAACUUAUUUUGGGAUGAUGGUUUAGAAACCUACUAAUGUUGGGCUGUCAUAUAAAACAUUGACACACUAAUUCAGAGCCCAGGUGUGUUUUACACUAUUCCACUUUGUCUUUAAAGUAAGUACCGUGCCACAUUCAACCCAUAGAUGAGUCAGAAAGUUCAGUGUAAAUUUUCCCAUUUUGAUAUCACUUGCUUUAGCAGUACAGGCUAAAUAAAAGUUCCAAUAUUGUUCAAAUGAAGGAUAACAGCAGCUUGUCAUUGGAUUUAUGUUUGAUAGAAAAUAACAGUUAUAUUUAAUGUUUUCUGAGAUAUAAAGAUGAUGAGCUUUACACAUUAGUGCAAAGGCAAGUUUCUGUGGUGCUAUCAUAACUAAAAUCACAUAAGGUUAACAUCUACCUAUUUGUAAUAGGUAAAAAAAAAAACAUUAUAUGUUUGCAUCUGCCAACCAGUGCUUGCUGUAAAACAGCUUAAAUGUAGCAGACUAAGAUGCAUGAGGUUUAACCUGUGUGGUAUGUUGCUUGUUGCUGCACAUUUCAUCGAUGUAUUCAUUUCACAAUGUCAGUUAAUACUUCUACUUGAAAAAAAUCUGAAUAGUUUUUAUGUCACUGUGGUGUAUAUUUGCAUGCCAGAUUUAUUUGUUAAUACCAUUCUUGUAGGGCCCAAAAGGCAGGUACACAAGGGUAAUGACCUGUUAAAAGAAACACAGACAGGAAAAGCACAUAAUAUUUGAGAGGUUGCAUGGACUGACAUUAAAUUUACUAAUUAGGACUUAUAGUAUUUUGACGUAGAUGAUUUACUCCAUUGGUAUGUUGUUCUCAUAUCACCUGAUGGCUGCAAAUUAGAGAGGCUGGCCUGUUUUGGGAUCUUUAAUCCUGCUUUCUCUCAACUGACAGUGUAGUCUAAACAUGACUGAGGCAUUAUUGUAAUCAGUAAUGCAGUAUAUCAGGCACGUUAUGUUUCCUCUGACAGCCUUCUGUUACACAAUGUCAAGCUGCUGAAAACAAGUCGAGGGAAGUACAGUUGCUGUCAACUGAGUAUAAAUGCAUUUUAGCUGUAUCAGGUAACUAUUGAACAAUUACAAGAUACUAUCACAUUUUUAUGACAAAUACCUGAAAAUGUGACAAGGCUGACAUUUAUUUAUAUUUAUGUGGGAGUAGACUACUAACUUUGUUAUCUAAAGUUAGACAAAGCACAAUCUUUCCAUUUACUAUUUAAUUUUUCUCUGUAGAUAUGAAUAGCGGUCCAGCAUCUUCCGAAGUGCUUUACUGUUACUUUACAUUUUUGCGGACCUAAAGUUUUAAAUGUCUGUGUAAUCCCUCAAUCGUCCAGGUAUAAUCCAUAGUAAAAGCAAAUGUCAAUUCUGUCAAUGGGGCAAAAGGUUUUUUGAGUGAAGAUGUUUUGCAGCUCAUCCAAGUCGCUUGGCAUCAACUCCUCCCUUCAGAUACAAGGCAGUGUCCUUCAGCAAUCUGACCGGAAUUGAAGAAGCAGCCUGGAUGAGCAGUGAAACGUCUUCACUCAAGAACUUUUGUCCCGUUGACAGAACUGAAGUUUUCUUUUACUAGGUUUUAAAUGUAUUAUGUCUACUCAAUGGAAGAGACACUUUAUGAGAACAAAAGGUCAUAUAUUUAGCCAUGUGUUCAAAUCUCAAAUCAUUGGUAGUCAAGGAGUGAAAAAUGUGCUGCUUACCAAAUGUGUUAAAUAGAUUAAAUGAAGCGAAAGACAACUUACACAAAAUUAAUAUUGUAGACUCUUUGGGUUAAAAUGGCACUGCUAGUCUCAAUUCCUUUCAUUGUGAUAACUCAACAUAUGUUAGUGAGACCAAAUUGUUUGCUACAGUAAUUAUGUUUCCUAUAUUGGAACGAUCCAGGGGGACAGCCUUUUGGGAGGCUGGCAUUGGCUGACACUGUAAUGUUGAACCAGCUGAUCAUUAACUGCCUGUUGACCAAACCAAUGCAGUUUGAGGAUGUAGCAAAGUCUCAAGGACCUGAUAAUUGAACACUGUUACAGUGUUUACAAUAUUAAUUGAUUUAUUUGAUUAUAUGUGCAGAUGAUGUUAAGUGAUGUAAUGACAGGGAUAUUGUUUGUCUUGUAUUCAGUGUAAGGAAAAAAAUGAAUGAGCAACCCAAUUGUUUGUGGCCAGUUUGAUAUUGGCCUUUUAAAAAUGUUACAUUCCAGCUCUUCAAGGACUUAAAGAGAGACAGUAGACUGUAUCUACUGUCUCUCGCUUUUCUCCAUUUUCUGUCUGGAACACUGAGCCUUUUUUCUAUUUUAAUGUAAAUAUCAAUGUUCAUUGUUUGUUUGCUAGCAAGUUGGAUUACCGCAGCCUUGCACUUUAAUAUGACAUUUUUUGGUUUUGGUUGUGUUUGUACUGCCUGGGUAAAACAGUGAAAAAAAAAAACAAUUGUGUAUUGGCAUACUUUACACCACAUAACUGUUUAUUCAUUAUGUUUGCCUCCUCAACUGCGUAUAUUCAAAAACCAACUGUAGCAAUAACAUGUAUUGUGAGUCUGUUUUUAAGCAUUUAUUGAUAAGUAAACAUGGAAUUACUUUUUGUACAGGAGGCGUAAAUAUUAAGUAAACUCCUGCAUGAAAAAGUAUAGGCCUACAGUUUUGCUUUAAGUUUUAAUCUGAUACAUUAUACAAGUGCAAUCAGUUACUAAAGACCAUGCUUUCCACAUCUGUCCUUUGUGUGUGUGUUGAAAAUGUUUAAAGAUUUUAAUGUCCAACAUUUUGCAUCUACUAAAUAUCAGUUGUUUAAUGUAUAAAUGUGUAUUUUUUUAUUCCAUGAAGCAUUC